AGGUGGGGACUCCUCAAACUGCGCUGCUUGUCGCUCACACCGACUCCUGUGGCGUAGCUAGGAGUGCUGUGACGCUAAUGGUAGCUAACGUGUUCGGCUCUGUAUCCAUUUAUUAGUAGCUGAGUCAAAUUAUGGGUUAGGCGCGUCAGAGCAUCUGCCGAAGCAGCUUAUUGGUUGAUAAUAGAGCCUUAAUUAUAGCCCGAGCUUCCUCAGGUUAGCUUCCUAUCAAGGCGCACCUGACCAAUACAGGAAUGCUGCUUCCUGAUUCCAAACUCCUGAAAGAAGUUCAUUUGCAUAGCAGCUGACCGAGUUUCACAAGGUUUUGUGUCCGUGGCGGCGCAACACUCAGACAACCGGUUGGAUAAGCUCAGCCUCUCAUGUCUUUGUUUGGGAUAAGGCAGCAGAGGGACUAUAUGUUCUUAAACGCGCUGCGCCCUACAUGGAUUUCUUCAACGCGUCAGGUUCUGGUUUCCCGCUGUGUAAUGUGUCCUGUGUCGCCGGUUGCCAGAGCUGCUCCUUCGGAGAGCAUCUUCCCUGCUUGGUGGUGGAUGUGAAAAAUCACUCCAACACAUCCAGGAUCACCAUGGGUCAGGACCGGGGGAAGUACGAUUUCUACAUCGGCCUGGCUUUGGCCAUCAGCUCCAGCAUCUUCAUCGGUGGAAGCUUCAUCCUGAAGAAGAAAGGUCUUCUGAGGCUGGCCAAGAAGGGAUCGAUGCGGGCAGGGCAGGGCGGUCAUGCAUAUCUUAAAGAAUGGUUGUGGUGGGCUGGUUUACUAUCAAUGGGCGCUGGAGAAGCAGCCAACUUCGCAGCAUAUGCUUUUGCCCCUGCCACCCUGGUCACGCCCCUGGGAGCCCUCAGCGUGCUCGUCAGUGCCGUGCUGUCGUCGUAUUUCCUGACUGAGCGGUUAAACCUGCACGGGAAGCUGGGCUGCCUGCUGAGCAUCCUGGGCUCCACCACCAUGGUCAUUCAUGCGCCGAAGGAGGAGGAGAUCGACAGCCUGGAGGACAUGGCCAAGAAGCUGGUCGACCCAGGGUUUUUGUUCUUCGCCACUCUUGUCAUCAUUGUGGCUCUCAUCUUCAUCUUUGUGGUCUCCCCGCGCCACGGUCAGACCAACAUCCUGGUUUACAUCACCAUCUGCUCCGUGAUCGGGGCGCUCUCCGUGUCCUGCGUCAAAGGCCUGGGCAUCGCCAUCAAGGAGGGCAUCGCCGGCGUCAACGUGUUUAAGAACCCCCUGGCCUGGAUCCUCCUCCUGGGUCUGGUGGGCUGCGUGAGCACGCAGAUCAACUACCUGAACAAGGCCCUGGACAUCUUCAACACCUCGCUGGUGACGCCCAUCUACUACGUGUUCUUCACCACGUCCGUGCUCACCUGCUCCGCCAUCCUCUUCAAAGAGUGGGAGCACAUGGGCGCCGGCGACGUGAUCGGCACCCUCAGCGGCUUCCUCACCAUCAUCGUGGGCAUCUUCCUGCUGCACGCCUUCAAAGACGUCAGCGUCAGCUUGGCGACGCUGGCCGUGUCCAUCAGAAAGGAGGAGCGCGGCGGCGUCCCGGCGGCCAACGGCUCGGCCGCUCACACCAACUACGAACUGCUGCAGGACGAGGACAUGGAGGACAGGGGUGUGCCUUUCGACAGCGUCUCCAGGAGGAACGGAGCAAUGACUUCCUCUUUAGAUGCUUAAUAAACGUUUUUUUUUUUUGUCUUCAGACUCAACCGUUGGGUUGGUGCCGAUAGCUUCUAAAAUAAUGAGACAAUCAACUGUGAGGGGAGGAAGAGGGACACGGAUGGACCAGUAGAUUGUAUUUGUCUUAAUUUGCCUUAAUUUACUCAGACUGUCGUAUUUGGUUAUAGCUGGGGGUAAGUAACUUGUGAGAAAAAGUUUUUACAUAUUGGUUAAAACUGUCACCAUUUCCACACACUACGACACAGAUAAUCUGUGAAUACAUCGAGCUCCUCCACUUCAUAUUAGUGCUACUGGUGCCGUCGGAAGGAAUGCACCACUCCUAGUCAGAAGCAACCUUUGAACUUUACAUCAUGUUAUAAAGUUAUUCCCUCAUCAAAAAACACACCUGGAGUGUUGCCUUGACUCUUUCAUGCGUGUUUGCGAAAUCCUUUCAUUGCCCAUGGCAACCAUUCAGCUGUGCAAAACAUCUGGUUGGAGCUAGCUCCGCCUGUGAGGCGCAGCUCCUCCUUGGAGAUGCAGUUUACGAGCUUCCGCCUCACAGAGCUGCUUUCUCCCAUAAGCCUCCUCUCAGCGGCAGCAAUAGAGGAGCCAUGUUGUGAUGACUUCCUGAAGGCGGAGUUUCAGACAGAGCAGGUGUUUUUAAAGAGACAGAGGCCCAAUUUUAUGGCGUUAAAUUAGGAAAUAAAAUUUAUUUUAGGUUGCAUUUGACACAUGUAGCGUUUUUAUAGCAACUCAAGUUAACUUAGUUACUUUAUUGAGCUCUAAAUGACACUAUAUGGCUGGAAAAUACAUAAUAUUGCCCUUUUAAGUCUGACACCAGGGCAAAUUAUGGAGCCCAAGCUCUACGUUUAGCCAAGCGUCGUUCUGUACCCUCGCUAAGGGUGUUAACCUGUUGUGAUUAUGAUUAUGCAAGCGUGCAGCAGUGUGUGUGAGGAGAUAAAAAUAACAGAGCAAGGAUGCAAAAAUCAUACUGCCAUAACACGCCGCUGCUAAAUGCGCUAAUGGUGGAGAGACAACUUAUCUUUCCAGGAAAACCGUUUAUCCGCUGUCAUCUCCGGCUAUGCUAACUAGCCUUAGCAUUCAUGGCAGGCUCCGCUGACAACAGAAGCUGUAGAUUAGCAGCGCUAAGAGCCUCCCUCUGGCUCUGAUUGGACGACUGAGCGGUGUACGUCAGUAGUUAGUUAUAGGAGGCAGAGGAGCUCCAUUUUCUUUUUCAGAUUGUCUGUAAUGCUAUAUUGUCACGACUGUGAUAGUUUUAAUAAAUAUGCAAAACCAAAAAACACAUUUAUAAAAGUAACCUACCCCGGCUAUAACUGACCUGCAUUCCUCUGUAGCUCUGUAAAUAUUUUCUAAAGAAAUGCUUUGUUAUAUGUGCAUGGAUUUUCACACACUGACCUUCUUUCUAUGAAUCAAAAAUAUAAAGCUAAUAUAUUCUGGUUUGAGGACCUGCUGACAAUGACAUUUUGACAAGAACCUCACUUUGAUUGACAUUUUUUUUUGUGAUACUUGAAAGUAAUUUAUGUUUGGAGUCUUAUCUGGCGGUAGGUGGGGGAACUUUUUACAUAAAAAAAAAUCUCUUGACAAAAAAACCAUUUGUUACAUAUUUAUUGAAUUAAAGUGAUUAAAAGAUUUCAAACAAGGCACAGUGAAUAAUUUGCUUAACAUAAUAAGGAUGAGGGUUAUUUCUCAUUAAUCUUUAAAAUGUUUGAGCAUGCAUGUAGACAGUACAAAAUUACCAUUUUUUUCCUUUCUCAAAAAUAGGUUCACCCUUUUAAUGUUCCACCACAGCAAACCCUUAAAUACUCAUAAAACUAAUUUCCCUCCCUGAACUACAGCUACCUCCAAGUACAAAAGAAUAGCUCUUUCAAAAAAGGGCGGCAUCUAUUCUUAUAAGGCACAAGUGAAAACAAAAAAAACAAAAAAAUUAAAACGUUCAAAAAGUGGCCCCAUAUAUUGCAGUUAAUAGUCCUUAGCUACUGAAGGCCAAAGGGAAA